GCAGGGUUUCCAAAAUCAAAACCAGUAACAGGCAAAACCCAGAGAAAAUCUCACAGAUAAGAUUUACGCUCGAAAAUUUCAAAUUUCAAAACCCUAACGUCUCCAGGAAAAGCUCCCUGCAAUCAAACUCAAAUCCUCUCCUUUAGUCCAUGGCUCUAAACAAUAAACUGAAAACCCUAGAGACCUGCUUUGAGAAUCGACGAGUCGAAUCGGAACCCGAAUCCGAAGAGGACUUGGAGGAGCUGGAAUCGGAUGUGAAGAAAUUGGCAGAGAAGAUUCUAGAAUACAGAUCCUCUAUUCCAGAUCAGCUUAAGACCACUCUCGAUUCAAUUCUCUCUACUCACAGACCUAAUAUACCAGGGAUCGAUGAUGGGUCGGAGCCUGGACCGUCAAGAGAACAUAAUGCGGAUUCAGAAGAGAUUGAAUCAGAUAAAGAGCGAAGCACAGAAGAGAAGAUACGGUUAGUUAAAGAAAAAAUUUCAAGUAACAUUUCGGCUAUGCCAGUUGUUAUGAAGCGGAUGAAAGAGUGUAUUUCAAGGAUUGAGAAGCUAGACUCUUAUAAUGGCAUUAUACAUCCUGCUUUUAAAAAGAGAAAAUUUGUUGACUCAAUGAAGGCUGAUUUUCAUGUUUGACAGGUGGAAAUUGUGGUGCGAUUGCAUCUAGAUUUUGGAAGAAAAGGGCUAAUUGGAUUUGGGAAAUUUUUUUCCCCUUGUAGAUGUAAUAUGAAAGCACUGAUUUCAAUUUUGUGUACCAAUCCCCUUGUUGUUUGUGUUCUUUAACAUGUAGAGCUGUUUGGAAUGUAAUUAUUGUUAAAAUUGGCUUCUGCGCAACGUUUGUAUCCUUCGUUCUUUUAAACGAUCAGUUUGAAACCUUGCUCCAAAUAAUUGAAGUCGAUAUCCUGCAAGACUAUAACUGUAAUGCCAUGAUUGUUUUGCAAUUUCAUGACAGUUUUCAGCUAUUGAAGGGCAAGGCAAUCAUCAA